GUGGGCGGACGAGACUUUCCUUUCCCCUAUUUCUGAGUGUUAUGGCGGGCGGAUAAAUAUUUUCUCGUGCAUCACCUCCCUCGCGGGGAAUUGUGAGGCGGUUCUCACAGGGUGGGCGCUGGCCUCGAGAAUGGCCCCGUCCGCUGUUACGCCUUGUGGGAUACAAUCCCCCCUUUUUUUCCUUCUGGCACUUACGAAGCCAACGGCUGCUUCUCCACUUUUAAGUUCUGGAGCGACCGGGGAGGUGUUGUUGUGGCAGAGAGUCUAGCGCUCUGCUGCGCGUUGAUUGACCUUAUUAAUGUCAAGGGAGAAAGAUAAAGGGACUUGGGAGUUUAUGAGAAUCUAAUGUAAAUACACAGGCAAAGAAGGCAAAUUAAACUUGAAAAAUGGCAGGCUUCCUAGAUAAUUUCCGAUGGCCUGAGUGUGAGUGUAUUGAUUGGAGUGAAAGAAGAAAUACAGUUGCUUCUGUGGUAGCUGGGAUCUUGUUUUUUACAGGUUGGUGGAUAAUGAUAGAUGCAGCAGUAGUUUACCCUAAGCCAGAACAAAUGAACCACGCAUUCCAUACUUGUGGAGUGUUUUCCACGCUAGCUUUUUUCAUGAUAAAUGCAGUAUCAAAUGCUCAGGUGAGAGGAGACAGCUAUGGUGAUGGAUGUUUAGGAAGAACAGGUGCUCGAGUCUGGCUCUUCAUUGGCUUCAUGUUAAUGUUUGGCUCACUUAUUGCUUCUAUGUGGAUUCUUUUUGGAGCAUAUGUUGCCCGAAAUGCUAAUGUCUACCCAGGAUUAGCAGUGUUUUUUCAGAAUGCUUUGAUAUUUUUCAGCACCCUCAUCUACAAGUUUGGAAGAACAGAAGAACUAUGGGCUUAAGAGUACAUUUUUUCUUCAUCUUGCUUAGCCAGGCUUGUGUGUAAAUAUAAGUUACAUUUUUGUUUUCAAUUUUGCCAAACUCAUAGAUGUUGCAUUACACAUUUUGUAUAUUUACUUAUUUUUAGAAAGUGAAUUGAUUUAAAUAUUCUGCUCAAAGUCGGCUCUCUUUCCAUAGAACAGAUAAUGUGAAUAUGUACAUAUUAUGGCUAUCUUAAUAUAUAAAAGUGAAUGUUAAAUUUUCAUUGCACUUUUCUGCUCUUGUAUGUGGAAAAUGUUUUAAGAUUAAGGCUUUUUCAAGAUCAUAAUGCUGUUCUUAAGCACAAAUUAGCUGCAGUAGCUUCUCAUAUUACAUUAGCUGAGAAGUGAACAUUUUCAUUAGGUGAUCAGAAAGUGAAGUUAAAGAAUAUUAACUUAGAAUAGCAUCUGCAAGGUCGUUAAACACAGCCAUUUAGUAAUGCAUGACCCCUGAAAAACAAAUACCAUGGUCUUUAAAAUAUAGUGUAUUCUGGCAUCUUAUUCUGAAACUUUCCCUAGCACUUCUGAAUUACUAGGAAUGUUCUAUGCUGUGCUGCUACAAAAUCUGUACUGAACAAAGAAGGCAUGAAAUACAUACAGAAAUUAUAUUUAGUAAAAGGCUCCUUUAAAAAACUAAAAGAUCUUAAGAUUUAUUUGGUAGUGCAGCAUACCUUAAAAUGGAAUGGGUCAGUCUUUUGGACUCAAGUAUUAACGUAUUUGACAAGUUGUAGAAGAAUUCUAGCUUUGAAACAUAAUGGUUGCCUGUUCAGUUGUAUAUAUAUUUACAUACACACAUGUGCGCUGGGCAACAUUCAGAACAAAGGAGAAAUCAAGUUUAAAGAAUCACAGGAUUACCAGCUUUGUUCCUUUCCGUAUAAGGAAAAACUUUAAAUGUGAUUCACUAGAUCCCAGACAAAAGGGAGGAGAGAAAACUGAUAUUUUAGCUUCUCUGAUGAGACCAUCUUAUUUUUUUAUGAAGGUGGUUCUAACAAAUCACACCUGAACCAUGUACGUUAAUGCAUUGUGGUGUUAGCUGAAACUAUCUGUACAGUAUUUGAUGUCCCAAAAGCCAAAUUGCGCACUGAGAAUUAUGCCAAACUGCAUACUUUAAUAGUGGCUUUUAUUUUUCCUCAUGUUAAAAAAAUACUUUCCCAAGUAAGAGUCUAGGGAAAUGAUGAAGAAUCAGAUGAGCUAGAAGUACUCUGCAUUUGAUUUUUGGAGACCUUCACAAGGACCUUUUUCAUACCUUCUUAACUUACAGACUUUCGGACUUCUCUCCACCUCUAGGAAAUGUAGCCGUGUUUGUCUUCUGAAAUCAUUUUUGUGUCUUCAGAGCCUUUUGCAGGACAGACUAUGAAGCAAAAACUAAGCUAGAGUUGUCCUGUUACCUCAACAUUAAUCUAGACUAUCUUGUUGUAAUUACAUUAAAAUCCAAUAAAGAUUGGUAAUGUAUUUUGUUUUAAAAA